AUGCCUGUUUUGAAUGAAAAAGCGUCUGCUUCGGACAUUAAAGCCGAACUUAUUGACCUUGUGAGACAGAAAAGGUCGCUUACAGUAUGUGCCCUUUAGAUAAGUCAUUGUUCCAGGAAACUCUAGCUACACUUGAAAGGCAGAUAUAUUUAUUUGAAGGUAGCUAUCUCGACGACACUGCGCCCUAUGGAAAUAUAAUCAAAGGAUGGGACCGCUAUUUAGCCUCUUCCUCGGGCAGUGCUUUCGGUGCCGUCGCCGCGAAUGGCCCGCUUGGUAGCAGCCGUGGGCAAAACGACAAGCGCUCCCGUAAAUUUCGUGAUACAGACAGACUGUUCUCGAGGUCUUCAGUGACUUCUGCUGCUGUAAGUUUGGCAAGUAAUUGUGCUUACCUGACUUUUAGAUCACGAAUGGUUAUUUUGAUUUGGAAAAGAGUAAGUUGUUUCCAGUCGGUGUUUUAAUCACUUUGUGUUGGUGUCUUUUGUUUUUGGCACCUCAACUUUGCUAAUUGUUCUCUUGGCUGCUCGCUUAUUGCUUGUCUGGGUGUUGUGUGCGGCCAUGGAGACAGUUUAAGAUCUCAUGUUUAGGGAUUCGAUGGUGUCAGUCAUGUACAAUCGCGGACGAGGACAUCAUAUCUGAUCCCCAAAAUUCUUCCUUCCACGAACCAUCCCAGGAGCCAUGGUUUUUAUUGGCCUGGCGUUUCGAUAGCAGACAAGCUUCCAUAAUCGGAGGUGGGUUGCGUAUGACACGUAACAAUAUUUAAGGGUUUUCCUCCAUGCUGGCGUGUCACUAAGUUCCGGCGCGCUGCAUCACAAGGUUUGGCGAUUGUUGUCAUGGCGGCAUCGGCACCUCCUCAUCCCUUGUGGGGAGGUGGGUGGCGUCGGGAUGACCGCGGCCAAUGCUCUUGUUUGCAUUGUUCGUUGUCCGUCCUGCACGUAUCUCGCCUUCCUGCCCCGUUCACACCUGGCCGUAAGCGUGUGAACGGUGGUUGUCAUGCCAGUGUUAACGUCGGGAUGGGGGGUCAUGUCACUGUCAUGCGUUCUUGCCGAGUGCUCGCGUCUGUCAGCGUUCAGACCCAGAAGGUGGUCUCCUAGGUUUACGUUCGCCGUCGGUUGUUCCCUGCUUUCGUCUGUUUCCGAUGCCUGUCUAUACUCGUCCGUGUUCCCGCUUGGUCUGGGUUUGACUGCUGCCGUCUCUGGCCUGACGCCUCGUCGGUAGCCCUGCUGAAUGAAAUUCACCCGUAGGGCGUGGUAAGCAGUCAGCAAAGUUACGCAGCGGUUAAUUGGGGUAGUUGUGGUGUGCCAUGCUUCGAGCGUCUCCCUGACCGUGUGAUCGCUCCCUUGGCCCAAGACUUCAGCGUCUUGGAAAGCGAAUGCAUGGCCAAAAGCUGCGUAGUGUUUCGCCACCAGCGAGAGCUGAUCCAUUCUUCGUACCGCUUUUGCGUGCUCGUCCAUGCGGACCUUCAGUCUUUUCCCGGUCUCUCCAUCGUAGUUUGCUUCGCAUGAAUUAUACGGGAUUUGAUAGAAGAUGUUGGCUGUUUCGCCUCGUGGCAGAGGCGUUUUUGGUUUCAUGACCAGACCUCUGAUUGUCGCUUCGGGUUUGUGGGCGAUGCCGAUACCCAAUGGCUGCAAGAUACGGACAACUGCCUCGGAAUGUGUGGCAGCGCUCUCCAGACUUUCGGUUGAUUUACCGUUGACUUUAUGGUGGGUCUGGACAGUCUGCUGCCCUCCACUAGCACUCGGCAAGUCUUGUUCUACCACAUCAAUCACCCGCUGUGUCACAAACGAAGCUGUAUUCCAUCUCUCUACAAGAGAGUUAACACUCACUGCAGCGAACCGGCCGACAAAGUAGUCCAACUCUACUAUCUACAGCGGAUGUUCACCUCUAACGGUUACCCUCGCAGCCUUAUAAAACGCACCAGACAGUCAAGACCAGCCAUAAAGUCAACGGCAAAUCAACAGAAAGUCAAUUAUGUUGGUGAAACCGGCAAACAGGUACGCACGAGAUUGCACGAACACGGGUUGGCUGUGAGACGAAAAGAUAAACUCUCCUUAGUGUCCGCCCACGCUUCCUCGCCAGGGCACGCUUUCGGCUUUAAGUGCAUGAGAAUAUUGGGCCAGUCGGACGACCGAGUUUCGCCUCUGCAGCAGUAAGCGUGGCACUCAAUUGAGGACCCGAUCAAUCGGCAUAUCGAUCUGCCAGUCACUUAUCAAGCAUUGCAUGAACAAAUCAGCGGCGCAGCUGGAGGUCAUCCCCGGCAUAGAUGAACCAAAUAUAAGUUGUAUAGAUUCUUUCAUUCCCUGACGAUGGGCUCGCGUGAGAGUUCGAAACGUCGGAUAAAUAAACAAUUAAUCACAGCGAUCGCCUUCCCGUCUUUUCCUAUCCAAGUAGCUGAGCCGCGGGUAUUUUCUAUCAUUCGGUAAAACCGAUUAAAGGGACUGACCGGAGAUACCCCGCGAUGUAUCCCCUAUUUACUGUGCCUCUUCUUCAAAUACUCUCGAUCUUCGGGCAUCGGUCUUAUUGAGUGUAAAUGGGUUUCGCUGGCUCUUUGUUUCUCGGUGACGCACGCUGGACAGUGUGGGCUCGGCCAUCUCACUAACAAGUAUUUUGGCAGCAUGCCCGUAUGAGUUAACAUCCUGUGUCCCGCGCAGGAGAGCCAGCCAGGGCGUGCCAUAGUUUUGUAUUUUCAUAAGAAUGAAUAUUAACUAGGUAAUACUUGUCGCUUCUUUCGCGUGGGAAAAACAGACGACGUUUAAUAAGUCGAAUCGUCAAUAACUUAAGGAAAUGACUGUUGUGUGGUCACUGCCUAUGUUUUUCCAAGCACGCAUUGGGAGAGGUGUUUUGAUAGAACCGUAUGUAUUUGCUCGGUUGGUUGACGUUUAUAAUUAUUUGAUUACUUACAGCUAACACGCCUGCCUCGAAUUCUGCUUACGAGGAUAACCAGGCAUUUGAACAGUCUGAGCAAACGGAUUUGUCCACAUUGAAUUUUCUUGAAACGUCGGACUCAAAGACUUACUCUGCCACCCCAACUGGGAAGAAGAAAAGGAAACAUCGUUGA